AUGAUCCUGCAGGCCCUUCUCAUAGGGACGCUCGUGUUCCUGCUCAUCAGCCAUCUGAUAGAGCGGAAAAAGCUGAAGAAAGUUAACAAACACUUUCCGGGCCCGAAACCAUUGCCGGUGGUUGGUAAUUUGAUGGAAUUCGCAUUCUUAGACAUUCCAGGUAUUUUCGAGCGUGUUGUCGAACUGCACCAGGAGUAUGGCAAGGAUUACAUGAUGUGGUCGCUGUUCAACUGGAACCUCAUUAUGAUGACCAGCUCGAAGAACGUGGAGAAGGUAUUGCUGGCGAAGCAGACGCAAAAGUCGUUAGUGUACCAGUUCAUCGAGCCGUGGCUUGGAACGGGCCUGCUGAUCGCGAGCGGUGAGAAGUGGUUUCAGCGGCGCAAGAUCAUCACCCCGACGUUUCACUUCAAGAUCCUGGAACAGUUUAUUCGCGUGUUUAACACGGAGACGGACACGAUGGUGAAGCUACUAAGGAAACACGUCGGUGGCAAGGAGUUUGACAUCUACGACUAUGUCACGCUGAUGGCAUUGGAUAGUAUCUGCGAGACCUCGAUGGGUACGUCGGUGGAUGCGCAACACAAUCCCAACAACAAAUACGUCCAGAAUGUGAAGCGUAUGGCCGUCCUGGUGCUCCUGCGAACAAUCAGCCUUCUCGCUCCAUAUCCAAACCUGUACGAUGUCUUACACCCGAACGCAUGGGAGCAGCGCAAAGUUAUCAAACAGCUGCACGCCUUCACGGACGACGUCAUCCGCCGUAGACGCCAACAACUGUCCAAGGAAAAGGCAGAAAACGUGGCGUUCGACUUGAACGAGGAGAACCUGUACUCGAAGCGAAAGCUGACGUUCCUGGAUCUGCUACUGAACGUGACGGUCGAGGGUAAACCUUUAAGCAAUCUGGAUAUCCGCGAAGAGGUGGAUACAUUUAUGUUUGAAGGACACGACACAACCACGAGCGGUAUUUCGUUUACGAUCUACGAACUAGCACGAAAUCCAGACGUACAGGAGCGGGUGUACGAGGAGAUCGUGGCAAUACUAGGCAAGGAUCACAAGACGGCGGAACUGACCUAUCAAAACCUGCAGGAAUUUAAGUACCUGGAUCUGGUGGUAAAGGAGGGCUUGCGAAUGUAUCCACCGGUGGGAAUUAUUGGUCGUGAGCUGGUAGAAGAUCUUGAGCUAAAUGGCACUACAGUCCCAGCUGGUCAACAAGUACUCGUCCCGAUCUACGUGAUCCAUCGCAAUCCGGAGAUCUACCCCAAUCCGAACCAAUUCGAUCCGAAUCGCUUUUCCGAGGAAGCCGAAUCCAAGCGGGGCCCCUUCGAUUACAUUCCUUUCAGCAUCGGCUCACGGAACUGCAUCGGCCAGCGAUAUGCGCUGAUGGAGAUGAAAGUCUCCCUGAUCAAGCUGAUUGCCAACUAUCGUAUUUUGCCGGGCGAGUCGCUGGGAAAGCUUCGUGUCAAAACCGAUCUCGUGCUACGACCGGAUAUUGGAAUUCCGGUGAAAAUUGUCCUCCGUGAGUGA